UCCAUUUAUAACCCUCCCAGGCCGCCUGUCAGAAGUCAGAACGUCCCUCUUCUCGUCAAUCUCCCACCACCUUCCUCAAGCUGUAUUCUGCCGCCCAGCUUCUCAAUCAACCGUGAGUCCUUGCAGCAUCAGUUUAUUGAGACGAGAGACUACUGCAUUGGCGAUGCUCUUAUAUUGUAUCUUCUGCAAUUACUUUACGCGGAUGUGAGAUGAGUGGUUGGCAUCUAAAAGUCUUCAAAGAUGGAAGCUUUAACAUUUAUGCCAAACCACACGCUCUUCGCUUCAAGAGAAGAUUUUCCCUGUGGUCUAUGAAGAAAGACCCAGAGCUUGAAUCUGCAUUAUGCAGAAACCGCCGCUGGAUUGUGAAUAAUCAGAUAAAAAAUAUAAUCUUGAGAUAUCCAAACCAGGUGGCCCCUGUUAAGUUCCUCCAGAAGAAGUUCAAGAGUCUUGAUCUCCAAGGGAAGGCCAUGAAUUGGCUGAAGAAGUACCCCUGUUGCUUUGAGGUUUUUCUGGAGAAGGAUGAGUACUACUGCCAGCUCACCAAAAGAAUGAUGUGUUUGGUCGAUGAGGAAGAUUCCAUAAAAGAUAUGCAGGAACCUGUGGUUGCCGAGAGGCUAGCUAAGCUGUUGAUGAUGAGCCGUGACCAGAGGCUGAAUGUUACGAAGCUUAAUGAGUUAAAGAGAAACUUUGGGUUUCAGGAUGAUUAUUUACUUAGAAUCAUACCCAAGUAUGAUAAACUUUUUAGAGUUGUCAAUCACACAGGGAGGAGAAGUUCAAUGGAGAUUGAGCUCAUAUCUUGGGAUCAAAACCUAGCAACCUCUGCAAUCGAAAGGGUAUCACAAAUAAAGGGUCAAGUGCCACGAUUCUCGUGCUCUUUGCCGGAAAGUUGGGUGAAAUCAAGGGAAAGGUUUGAAGAAUUCAACUCGACGCCUUACAUUUCACCUUAUUCAGAACAUAAAUGUUUGGCAGAAGGCUCAUUAGAGAUGGACAAGAGAACAGUGGGGCUGGUGCACGAGUUACUAUCAUUAUCCUUGUGGAAGAAAGCAUCAAUUGUCAAGUUUGGUCAUUUUAGAAGAGAGUUCAGCAUGCCUGAGAAACUAAACAUCCUGUUGCUCAAGCAUCCUGGCAUUUUCUAUGUUUCUAACAGGUACCAGAUUUAUACGGUUCUUCUUAGAGAAGCUUACAACGGAUCUGAACUCAUUGAAAAGGAUCCUCUUGUAGUUGUGAAGGAGAAAUUUGGAGAGCUAAUGCAAGAAGGGCUGCAUGAGUACAACCGGCGACACCACUUGAUGAAUUUAGAGAAGAAGAGAAAGAAGGGAAUGGUUGAAGCAAAAGAGGUCAGAAGGAGAAAUGGAAAUUGUGAGAGUUUGGAAGAGGGAGAACAAGUAAGCGGAGAUCUAGGGGGAAUAUUCGACUCAGAAGAAAGGAAACGAUUCUAUAGAGCUCUCUUUGAUGACAAAACUCCAUAAUCUGUUAGUUUUUUCUGGGCACAUAGGGGAAAUGUAGCUGACCCCAAACUCUUUUUGGGAUAAGGCUUAGAUGUUGUUGUUGGUGCAUAGGGGCGAUGCUCUUUAUCAAUGAAUACUGUGAUGCUCUAUAUCAAGUCCAUGUUGCCAAAGACUAAAUCCAGCUUAUAAGAGUUCGGAGUUCUCAAGUUUUAAUAGUAACUGUCUUUAGUUUAUACAUAAGGACGGGCAUUGGCAGAAAAUUAACCCCCUCCCCCCGUCCCACCCCUUAAAAUUGUUUAGAAUAGUGACUCACUAUUCUAAACAAACCGAGACGUUUCAGGUUUUCACCCCUUUAUAAACUGCUCCGAUUCCAGUACCUUAUUAAUGAAGACAUGACCAGCUACUUUUGGUCACCAAUGCGCAAAGUGCUUUGAAAAGUCUGCUGCAGAACGGGAUCAAGACUGACGGUUUAACAUGACAGGUACAUACACUUGAGUAUCGGUGGAGGUUUCAUCCAAAUGGGGGUUAGAAACAUGUCAAUGCAGAACACCACUGCAAAUGCCCAUGAUUAGAUUUGCUGACAUUUAUAUUCUAAAUAAAUAUUAGAGCAAAACUACAUUUGCAAUGUGUCAUGUGUUCUGAAAUAUUCAAAAGGGAUCUAGUUGGGGAAAAAAAACAUUUGUAGUUAUCUAUUUAAUCUAAGCACUAGAGUAAAAAUACAUUUCACUACAAUCGCAUGGCAUAUUAAUUGUGUACAUGUGUCCGUGCAUGUGUGUGUUAAGUGUGUUGGUGCAGGCCCUCGUCCACGGUCUAUUCUUGUAGUCUACUCUCCAUUAAUUGCGGAUUGCUUUCCUUUGAUAUCUGCCCCAAAAGGAAUCUGUAACAGUGUGGUAUGCGUGUUCGGUUCAUUUUCAAUUCACCUUCUUCUUACAUCACUAUUCACUAGCCCGUCCUGCCGAGUGGUGUACCUGGGCCAGUUCUGGUAUGGUUCUUGACCGGCUAAUUCCCAAUUGAUCCUUCACCACCGUUACUGUAGUCCAGGACCGGAAUAUACAGGUAAUGUCUGGUUUUAAUACCCGUGAAAGAAUAAAAUAAGCUGGAACAAAACAAGUCUGGUCUGGUCCCAUUUGGAGGAACCAGAACUAUACCAAGUUGGGCUGAUUCUUGUCCGAUCUGAAGUAAUGGCUCUAGUCCAGGUGCUGACCAAUACUGGGACCGGGUUCUCCCCUACUAGUUCCUAAUAAUCUGUCACUAGAAAUUAAUUAAAAUUGAACUUGUUCAGACACUCAAAACUAUAUAUGGAUCUCUUGAUUGUAAAAUAUUGUAGUACAGUUGGGUAGAUUGUUAUUGACAACAAUGACGAGGAUAUACUGAUAUACAUAUUAUUAACAGGUUCUCACUUUCGCCUAGGUUCUCACCUCCCCUCGACUUAAGAACCAGGCAUGUCGAGAUAAGUUAUGAAGUUAUCUUCUGUUAUAGACAAACUAACCAUAUUCAUACACAAAAAGAAUAAGUUUACAUAAGUUUGAGCAAUCUCAUGUGCUCUUCAAGUUCAGGAUCCACUUUUGGUGCUCAGCCAUGAGGAUCCUCCACCAUUUACUCCUGUGACAUUCAGUUUGCAGAAAGAAUAAAAACUAAAAUCAACUACUGAACUACAUGAAUAUGCACAAAAUUAAUACUCCUAGGCGGACGUUUGACCGUAAUUUCCUAUUAAUAUAUGCAUAUAAAAUCUAUAAUAAAUUGACAUUUGAAAAAUACAUAUUACAAUGAAGCACAUUAUAUAAUUUUUUUGGGAUAAAAUAUUAUUAAUUUUGAGUAAUAAGCGGUCAAAGUUUAACAAGUUUGACCCAAAAAGUUUGACUGUGAGGUUUAUUUUGAAACGGAGGGAGUAAAAUACUUCGUAUCAUAAUAUGUGUAACAAAUUUACUAGUUUGCCUUUAAAUAAUUGAAGAGGGGUAAAAUGAACCUCCACAAGGCUUUGCUUCUAUAAAAUGUAACGCUGCCUCUGCCAGCUCCUGGGGAGAGUGUCAUUGUACCCACACAAAAUUCAUACAACAGCAAAAACUGUAAAGACAUACUACGUAUAUGAUACAAAGACCUCGCGCAUGAAAGCUUUUGGUGAAGUCUUAAAAAAUAGAAGUAUAAAAAAUAAGUCAUUCAGUUCUUCAUUGUACUCUCAGCAAUGCAGACACACAAAGAUUAUAGAAGAAUAAGUUGUAUUGAGAUUUAAAAUUCACCCAAAAAGAACAAAGAGUUUUCAUUCAACAAUAACCAUAAUCGAGAAUGGUGAUUUCUUUUAAAUUAUGUACGGAGUAAUUAGUAUCUAAAAAUUGUGUUUUAGUGAUGAUAAUGAUGAUGAGUGUUUUAAAGGUGUGUAAAUGCAUACCUGCGCUCCAUAUUGGCUGGAAUAGAAGAAAAAGUGAUGUUUAGACAACAUGCGCUCUCAGCCUCUCAGGCCUUAUUAAACACAUUCCAAAAGUUUCCAUCUCUACCAAUGAUUCUUGGAAGGUCACAAACAGUACUAUGAACUUGAAAGGUAACACCCUCAAAUAACAAUCCAAAAUAGAUCCAUCUAAUACCAGCUAGAAGCCUCAUAUUCAUUCAGUUAAACAGUACCAUACCAAUUCAAGCUACCAUUCAACCUUCUUCACAAAACCUUAAAGGGAAAAGUUGAAAUCCCAUAAUCCCAAAAUGAGACAUUGUUUCAAAAGGCGACUUCCAUAUAAAGAGUUUUAUUAAAUAUAACUGCUUUAUUAAAAGAUCUAAGAAAAGGGAUGUCAACAUGCGAAAUUCUUUGGCUUCUUAACUGUUUUAUAUUAACAUGUACAGGCAUUGCAAGUUGCAUUUUUUUAAUACACAGCUUGGAACAAUGUAUAUGAUACUUUUGGAAGUUGCCUAGAAUCCACACAUUCAUUCUAAAACUGUAAAACGUAUGAACCUAUGGCUAUGAGAAUUAACUGCAUGUGAUACUUCGUAUAUUCUUUUAUUUUACCACUAACACUUUGGAUAGGUCCCACCUAGAGAUUUCUGACUUCAAGUCUCAAAUUUAACACGGCAAACAAAAAACGAGAAAUAUGUCUUAUGUGGGUUGCCC